GUGUUGAGCCACGUCAUCACCCUACUGGGCGCCUGCUACGUGGCCUCCCGCGCCCAUCGCUCGGCGCAGCUCGGGAAGGCGGCGUUCUCGGGGAAGCCAGUGGUGCACAUGACCAUUGUGCAGGACCCAGCGAACAACGAGAGCUUCGAGGUGCGUGAGGCGGCGUACCGGGAGUUCCUCUCAAAGUGCUACGAGGUGGCAUGGAGCUGCCGCCCGGAGCCGCAGGAGGUGCUGCCAGAGGUGAACUGCUGGGAGCGCAAGGACAGACUUGAUGAUGAAAGGGAAGCCGUGGUGCCGGUGGAGGUGCACAACUACGAGGAGUACAACUUGUCCAACAAGAGGCGAACCAAGUGCUUCAUUGACCAGGAGUUGCUGGGAAUGCAGCCGAACGAGAAGGUCCGUACGGCCUGGGGCGACACUAAGCGCCCCGGGCUCAUCAGGAUCUUGUUCAUCUUUCUGCUCUACUACCUGGUCUUGUUUCUCAUCACCUGGCUGCAGCCGGCGAGUUGGAACGCCUUCUGGGUGGCCGCAGGCUUCCGUCCCAUCUUCCUGGUGCUGAUCCCUGCCAUGAUUGGUCUGCACCAGUACGUGGAGAUUCGCCGAGAGGUGCAGAGUUUGUACGUGCUCUCCAGCUGGGGUCGGCUGAUCCAUAUGACCCGCCGGCCCCCACCUUCCUUCUUCCCUGCGGAUCUGUGCCCGGCUUGGUACGGGGGCACCUCCUUCCAACUGGACAGCUUCAAGAUUGGUCGCAUCUCCUUGGCGCAGCUGGACAUGCCGGCCCGGCCUUUGUGCCAGGACAGGCUUCGGGCUGGCUCCUCGGACGAGGCUUGGCGCCGGGGCUCCGUGACUGUGCGGGGCAGCUGCGGCCUGCUGAGAAUCACCCGUGAGCAUGGAGAGGCUCUGGAGAUGUACCAGGCCCUGUCGACCCUGGCGGGGCGUCAGCAGGUACCGGAGCUGCGCUCUGUGGGGGACGGUGGCGCAGCGAUCGCAGGACUCUGCCCCAAGCACGAGAUCCUGGCAGACAACGAGCGCCACAUUUGGGAGCACCAGUUUGACUCCUUCGGCUUCUUCGGGGACCCCUUCAACUACAGCACCAUGCUGACCCUUACGGACUGGCGAAUACUGGUCACCAGGGCCAGAUGGCCGAAGGCGUUUAGCCUGGUGGGCUGCCUUAUAGGCCCUCGCACCUGCAGCACCCGGUGCCGGUUGCUGCAGGAGCACUGGGGGUACUUCCCAUACCUCACGGUGACCUCGGUGUGGUAUGGCAGCCUGGAGUCCUACGUCACCCAGCGCGUACGUGCACCUCCGUUUUGGCCAGGCUUCAUGAGCCCCAUCAUGAGCCUCUCCGUGAACUUCCUGGAGAAGUACAUGCAGACCUACCCAGCAGCCCUGCAGGUCACCCAGCGGCCCUACGGCAUCGCGCGGCGCGUCAAGGUCAAGGACGAGAAGAUCUU